AUGGCACACUUCCUAAAGCCUUCUCACCUUCUUCUCUUUGUUUUCUUUCUCUCGUUACUUCAAUCCAUUCUACUAACAAGACCAGAGGGAGAAGCUCUUGUGAAAUGGAAGAAUAGCCUUGCCCCUUCUUCUUUUCUCGAUUCUUGGUCACUCACCAAUCUCGAUGAUCUUUGUAACUGGACUGGCAUUACUUGUAACUCUGCAGGUUCAGUUUCUGAGAUUAACCUUUAUGAGAAACAACUUGAUGGAAUGCUGUCCGAGUUUAGUUUCACUUCAUUUCCAAAUCUUAACAGUCUCACUCUCGCAUACAACUUCUUCUCGGGUCCAAUACCACCAGCCAUUGAGAAUUUAACACAGCUUCAAUAUCUUGAUUUAAGCAUCAAUAGUCUCGAUGGUCCCAUUCCGUUCCAGGUUAGCCAUCUUCAGAGGUUGCUCGUCUUAAACCUGUCACAGAAUGCAUUGCAAGCUCCAAAUUGGUCCCAAUUCUCUCCCAUGCCCUUUUUGUGCAGCCUCAACCUCAGUAGCAAUCCUCUUGCGUCGAAAUUCCCAAAUUUCAUAUCCAAUUCUCAUGGCCUGACUCACCUUAGCCUUGAUCAAAACGAGUUUACAGGUGAUUUAGCGCGUGAAUCAAUAUUUGCCAAUCUGCAUAAUCUUGAAGUCCUCAGUCUUGUUGGCAAUUCUUUUGAGGGGCCAUUUCUGCCAAAUAUAUUCAAGCUUUCCAAAUUAAAACGUCUCACCCUGUCAAGUAACAAAUUUUUAGGAUCAAUUCCCAAUGACAUAAGGUUGCUUUGUGAUCUUGAAUUCCUGUAUUUAGGAAACAAUUCUUUUGAAGGACCGCUUCCACCAAAUAUAUUCAAGCUUUCAAAAUUAAAACAUCUUGUUCUUUGGAGUAAUAAGUUUUCAGGUUCUGUUUCCAAUGAUAUAGGUUUGCUUUCUGCGCUUGAACUUUUGAAUCUUCACUCUAAUUUUUUUGAGGGGCCGCUUCCGCCAAAUGUAUUCAAGCUCUCUAAACUAAGGUUUCUUAACCUCUGGGGUAACAACUUUUCAGGUUCUGUUUCCAAUGAUAUAGGUUCUGUUUCCAAUGAUAUAGGUUUGCUUCCUGAGCUAGAAUUCCUCAAUCUUCACUCUAAUUUUUUUGAGGGUCCGCUUCCGCCAAAUGUAUUCAAGCUCUCUAAACUAAAGUUUCUUCAUCUUCGAGGUAAUAAGUUUUCAGGUUCUGUUUCCAAUGAUAUAGGUUUGCUUCCUGAGCUUGAAAUCCUCAAUCUUCGCUCUAAUUUUUUUGAGGGGCCGCUUCCGCCAAAUGUAUUCAAGCUCUCCAAACUAAGGUUUCUUUCCCUUAAGGAAAAUAAAUUUUCAGGUUCUGUUUCCAAUGAUAUAGGUUUCCUUUCUGAGCUUGAAUACCUAUAUCUUGACUAUAAUUUAUUUGAAGGAAGUAUUCCUAUUGGACUGGGACUCUUGACUAACCUCAGCUACUUAGAUCUAAGUUCCAAUAAUCUCAGUGGCUAUAUUCCAUCUGACAUUGGAAACCUGAAGCUACUAGUAUUUCUUGAUCUCAGUUCUAACCAAUUGACUGGACCGCUUUUAAAGAUCGUUUCUAAUCUCACAAAUCUUAUGAAUCUUGAUGUGAGUGAUAAUAGUCUUAGUGGAAAUAUUCAGAGUGACUUGUGGAAGAACUCUAUAUCCUUACGUUACAUUAAUUUUGCAAAUAAUUAUUUGUCUGGGAACAUUCCUAAGGAAUACAACGAUCAUCCAACUUUGGAAUACAUCAAUUUAAGUGGGAACCAUUUUACAGGUGAGCUUCCAACAACAAUUUGCAAUGUCACUUCCCUUGCGGUUCUUGUUUUGUCAAAUAAUGGAUUAAGUGGAGCACUUCCAAAUUGUUUCGGGAAACUUUCUGAUAGAUUGCUUUCCAUUAAUCUUGCUAAUAAUCAGUUUCGAGGAACAAUACCAACUACUUUCUCCAGGAGUUGUCAGGUGAAAUAUCUAAACAUGGAUAAUAAUGAGUUUGAAGGAUUCUUGCCCCCAUCUUUGGCGAACUGUAAGCACUUGAAAAUUCUUGAUAUUGGCAAUAACAAAAUAGGUGGUCCAUUUCCGUCAUGGCUUUAUGUACUUGGAGAGAUAGAAGUCCUUGUCUUGCGAUUAAAUAAACUCUAUGGUACAAUAAGUGGAAGGAGCGUAAAAGAUCCCUUCCCCAAGUUGCGGAUUGUGGAUCAAUAG